GCCGUGGAGAAGCGGCGGAGGAGAAGCCGGUACAUGGUGGCGCGGCGCUCCGGCGGCUUUGUGCGGGCUGCCCGAGAGCGAGGGUUUCGGGGGAAGGGGAAGAAGGGAAGCCAACGAGAAUUGGGCCGAAAUGGCCAAAAGCCCAAAGACCCCACGGGCUACGGCAAAGCCAGCGCCAAACCGCCAAGGGCCACGCCAUUCGCCAUGGCCUCUCUCUUCGCCGCGGGGCGCCGCCUGCUCAGCCUUGGCCGCCGCGGAGUACUCCUCCCCGUGCCCCGCUCUCGCGCCGUUGCCACCUCGUCUCGCAGCAACAGCGAGGAGGAGCGACCGCCGCAGAGCCUGCAGUCCACGCUGUGGCCGCUGGGCCACCCGUGCACGCUCCUUGUGCCGGAGAUCGAACUGUGGGCGGCGCGGCCCAGAAACCGCCUCCGAGCCGUUGAGCUCCAACGCAUCGUCAGGGAGCUCCGCAAGCGCCACCGCCACCGCCAGGCCCUCGAGGUCUCUGAGUGGAUGAAUCUCAAGGGUCAUGUCAAAUUUCUGCCAAAGGAUCAUGCUAUUCACCUGGAUUUAAUUGGUCAAGUCCAUGGAGUUGGAGCAGCAGAGACCUACUUCAAUAACCUGUCUGACAAAGAUAAGACAGAGAAACCCUAUGGUGCACUUCUCAACUGCUACACACGAGAACUCUUGGUUGACAAAGCGUUGGCCCAUUUUCAGAAUAUGAAAGAGCUGGGUUUUGUGUUCUCCGCGCUUUCCUACAAUAACCUCAUGGGCCUCUAUACCAACAUAGGGCAGCAUGAGAGGGUCCCUAUGGUGAUGGCAGAAAUGAAGAGGGAUGGGAUUGUUCCUGAUAAUUUUAGCUACAGAAUAUGCAUAAAUUCUUAUGGCAUAAGAGCUGACUUUUUUGGGUUGGAGAACACCCUGGAGGAGAUGGAAUGUGAGCCUCAAAUUGUUGUUGACUGGAAUACAUAUGCUGUUGUGGCAAGCAACUACAUUAAGGGUUACCUAAGGGAGAAGGCAUACUCUGCCUUAAGGAAAGCAGAGGCAAAAAUGGAUAAAAAGGAUGGUGAUGCCUAUGGCCACUUGAUUUCCUUGUAUGGCCACCUUGGGGACAAAUUAGAAGUCAAGAGGCUAUGGGCGCUGCACAUGUUGAACUGUAAGAGGUAUAUUAACAAGGACUACACCAAUAUGCUUGCCGUGCUUGUGAAGCUUGAUGAGAUCACGGAAGCUGAAGACUUGCUGAAAGAGUGGGAGUCUAGCAAAAAUGCAUUCGACUUCCAAGUUCCAAAUGUCCUGCUCACAGGGUACCGCCAAAAGGGCUUGCUGGACAAGGCUGAGACACUGCUCGACGGCUUCUUGAAAAAGGGAAAGACGCCUACUUCAACCAGCUGGUGGAUUGUGGCAAUUGGCUAUGCAGAGAAAGGUGAUGUUGCGAAAGCUUAUGAGCUGACCAAAAAUGCCCUCUCUGUAUUUGCCCCCAAUUCCGGCUGGAUCCCUAGGCCUUCAAUAAUCGAGAUGAUACUUAAGUAUCUUGGAAACGAAGGGGAGGUCAAGGAUGUCGAAGCUUUCGUUAACCUGCUGAAAGUUGCUGUGCCAAUGAACUCUGAUAUGACCGAGGCUUUGUCGAGGGCUCGUGCGAGAGAAGAAAGGAAAGCUGAAGAGGCAACAGAAGCUCCUCGCGAGGAUAUUAUUGCCUGAGCUGAUUGUCAAUGUGUUUCAGGACUGAUGUCUCCUCCUAUAUACUAGUAGUAGAAUAAAUUAGUAGUUAGUUACAACCCUUCGUUACUUUGUUGUUUUUAUUAGCUAUCAGUUUUAUGGUGGUGUUUGGUUUGCCAUUUUGUAACAUAAUUAUCAGAUCAAUGAUGGGAAGCGAUACUGUUUUCACUGCACA